AUGAGUUCGUUAGGACCUUUGAUAGUGAUAAUUUUGGUUAUUAUAAUUGGAAUUCUUUGGUACUUUAUACAUUUGAUUGCACAAGGGUUCUCAUAACUUUAUAAAGACGAGUCAGCCUUUUUGAGUGAUCAAUUAAAGGCAUUGUUGGGAGUGGAUGAUAUACAACGAAAUUCGUACCGUCCGUCAGUAGAACCACUAUAUAUAUCAAACAUAGUUGACCUAAUUGUAUCUUCCAUACGAGGAUUAUGGCUUGGUCAAUUGUUAUACAUACUUUUGCUUUUGUUCCUAUUUUUCAUAGUCGUUGGAGUUUUCUUCAUUGAAUAACCCUUCUAAUUCCUCUUCAAUAUGAUUGUGGGAGUCGUGACUGUGUCGUUAUUUUCACAUUAUAUCAUUUAGACGAAUGGCAAGGGAUUAACCCGUGCGUUGAUAUCGAAGGCUUCAUUUUCAAAGGAGGAUUGUUAUAGUUACAUGUAUUCAUGCGGUUUCGCAAUGCUGAGUCUACUUAUAAGCUUAUUUUUGGGGAUGUAUGUCCUAAUGUAUUAUUUCAACCUUGCCAUUUGGGGAGGGGAAUUAAAAUAAAAAGAUUAUGAAAAAAUAUCAAUUCUAAUGAUAGGGUACCUAAUGGGAUUGCUAAUGGGUGGAUUUAUAUACAGAGAAGGUUUAUCAUUAAUGAGUAGAUCAUUUAAAACUGCAACUAUUGGAUUAAUUAAAUCUGAUGUGAACUUAAGUGUUGGAAACAGCAACAUCUCCUAAUUGACAAGAUUGACAUACAUGGUUUCUCAGUAGACAGGCAAUACUCUAAUAAAUUACUUAGAUAUUGGAUUUGUCUUAGUAUUUUUGUGUUGUUCAGUCCUCACAUUGUUCUUGAAUAGUGCUGAAGUUUUGGAGAGUGAAAAUAAAAACAUCUUUAUGUUGGGACCAAUCUAUUUGAUAUGUUUAGGAUAUUUCGGAUCCAUCUGUUGUUAUCUGUUGAGAACUAUGUGUAGAGAUUCAUAAGCACCCUCUUUUACUGCUAUUAAUGUUAGGUGGCAAGUCAUAAUGGGAGCUUUGAUCUCCUUCAUUAUCUUGGUUACAUUCCCAUUUAACUUUCUAAUAUCUCAAUUCACCUUGAAAGGAAAUAAUAGUCAAGACAUUGAUUUAAGUGGAAAGUCCUCUACUCAUGCUUGCUGGUGUUACUUGUUGGGAUUGAUAUUUAAUGUGAUCCACAUUAGUUUAUUUGAAUGGUAUACAUCUCAUGGAUGUUCAAAAGUUCGAAAUCUCGGAUUAGCAACGAGUGAUCGCAUUAUGUCUAUGAAUCUAAUAUAUUCCAACUAUUUAGGAGAUUUGUUCUCUGCAAUUCCUCUGGUUCUCAUGCUCUUAUUAAUCACAAUUGUUUAUUCCAUUCAGGGAUUUGCUGGAUUGCUAUUUGCUGCCUCUGGGUACACAUCUGUCUUUAUCAUCUAUGGUAUCAUAUACUAAAUUGGAUGCAAUUCAUCAGAAUCAUACAAACUCACUUGCUUUGUGCAUUUCAAAUCUGAAAUUUAAGGAAGAAUUUUUGCCAUUUAUUGGGAAGCUAAGAAUUACAUGAUCUAUCUUAAAUCCACAAAUGCAGGAGCUCUAACCUUGAUCUCAAUAGGAUUUAUAGGAUCACAGUUGUAUCAACAUCCUGGAACAUUGGGUUCUCUUUUUACUCAUUACAAAGGAAUCAUUGGAUUAUUGAUAGGAUUUACAUUAAUGUUUGUCUGCAGAGGCCUUAGUAUAUGGGCAAUUAUAAAUAUGGCCAAAACCUAUGUAAAUUUAUUUAUAUCGUAGUUCAUUUGCCAACCCUCCAAUGAUUCCGAAGGCAAAAUAAACUAUUUUUCUGACAAUCGUAUCAUUGAAUUUACAAAAGUUAAAUACACUCAAAGUAUUCUUCAUGUGGCUUAUAAUAUUCUCUUUCUGACUUUUACUUUGUUGUUAACAGGAUAUUUGUAUGGCCAAUAAGGUACAAUUGCUGCUAUGAUUGGCUCAUCCAUAAGCAUACUAUUGAUUCAAUAUAAUGGUUUAAUCAAAGGGACAGCCCUUGAAAAUGCUAAGAUUUAUAAUGAAAGUACUUCUUAAAUGCUAUUGAUAGUUGAGGACAACAGAAAGACUUCCCAUUAUGUCAUGUAUGUUGCUGGAGAUACCUACGCUUGUGCUACUGAGGAGAGUAAUGCUUGUCCUUUAGUUGCUUAUUUUAUUUUCAGUUAUUGUCUAUUGAUUUCUUGUCAAAAUAAAUUCACUUCAGCAGAUCAAUGA